GAGGAGAUUGAAAAGGUAGUGUGCAGGAUGAGAAUUAUCCUCUAUGAUUUUUUUGGACUUCUUGAUAAUUCUCGAGUUAAACAGUGAUGAGAGUGAGGGGAGGCUACACCCAAUGAUUUUAGAUGCUCGGUGUACUACUCUUUCUCGGCGGGUCUUGUUCUGAGAGGUUGUGUGACCAAACCAGACAAGCAUUGAAAAAGUCAGCACACUUUCAAUAGUAGCCUUACAGAAGUGAAUCAUUGCUGCUCGGCUAACACUAAACUUCUUGAGCUGCCGCAGGACGUAGAAUCUCUGGUGGGACCUGCUGAUUAUAAGAUUGGCGUUGACAUCCCAUGAUAGGGAUUCAUGGAUGGUGAUGCCCAGGAACUUAAAGGAGCAAACCCUUUCUACUACUUCCCCAUUGAUGGAAAGAGGGGAGAGGGGUCUCAAGAUCUUUCUAAAAUCAACAACCAUCUCUUUGGUCUUGGAGAUGUUGAGUAUUAAGUUGUUGCUCUCACACCAUCUUACCAGCUCCUCUACUUCUUUGCGGUAGUCAGAUUCAUCCUCGUUUUUAAUGAGACCCACCACAGAGGUGUCAUCCGCAAAUUUAUACAACAUGACUGAUCUAGAAUGUGACUGACAGAAAUGUGCAUAUAGCGAGUACAUCAGUGGAGAUAAGACACAGCCCUGGGGGGCCCCAGUGUUCAGGAGCCUAGACAAUGAGACCAAAUCACCAAUUUUUACGACUUGUUUUCUGUUGCAUAAAAAGUGAUAGAUCCACUUACAAAGGCAAGUACUAACACCUAGCUCCUGCAGAGUGUCAAUUAGCUUUGCGGGAACAAUAGUAUUGAACACAGAGGUGAAAUCAACAAACAGGACCCAAGCGUAAGAAGAUUUAGAUUCCAGGUGUUGGAGAAUAGAGUGCAAACAAAGGGACACAGCAUCAUCAACUCUUCUGUUUUCUCUGUAGGCAAAUUGAUGUGGGUCUAGUGCCAUGCUGGACAGUUGUUUACAGACCAGACGCUCAAAGACUUUCAUAAUGACUGAUGUUAGGGCAACAGGCCUUUAAUCAUUAAGACAGGUGAUCUUAUUUUUCUUAGGGACUGGGAUAAUCACAGCAGAUUUAAAGCACGCAGGCACAAUACAGAGUUGGAGUGACCAGUUAAAAAUGGAAGUGAGGACAGGAGCUAGUUGGUCAGCACAGUGUUCUAACGUGGCUGAUGCCACGCCGUCAGGCCUUCCUGGCGUUUUGCUGGCGGAGCAACAUUCUGACAUCAUGUUCAUUGAUGGUAGGAGGAGAGUCACCCCGCUCUCUGGAAAAAGAGGGGGACUGAUGGUCUUCACUGUUGAACCGACAGUAAAAGUCAUUGAGAAGGAAGGGGAGGGAGGGGUCAUUAUCCAGAACAUGGUGCUUGGUCUUAUAGUCAGCAAUAUCCUGUAGCCCCUGCCACACACCUUUGAUGUCAUUAGCUUGCAGUUUGUUUUCAAGCUUCACCUUGUAGGCAGCCUUAGCUUUUAACACAGCUCACUGAAAAUCAUAUUUCAGUUUUUCAUAUUUCUCUGUCACCACUCUUAAAAGCAGCAUAUUUUUGCCUACAAAGCAACCUCACUUCAUUGUUAAACCAGGGCUUGCUGUUGUUAUGGACAGUCACAGUUCUAACAGGAAUGCAAGUGCUCUCACAGAACUGGAUAUAAGAAGUCACAGUGUCAGCGAAGGAGUCCAAAUCAUCCUAACCCUCAGUCCACAAGCUACUCCAUUCUGUGUAAUCCAAACAGUCCUGUAGUGUUUCUAUGGCUUGAGGAGACCAUUUUCUACAAUAUUUGACAGUUGGUUUUGCCACCAUUAGUUUCUGGCGAUACUUAGGGGUUAGGAAAAUGGUUUUGUGGUCAGACUCACCGAGAGGGGCUCUCGCCACAGCAUGAUAUGCCUCCGGAAUGGUAGAGUAACAUUGGUCUUGUGUAUUUUUCAACCUGGUAGCGAUGUGGAUCUGAGGCUUGUAUCUGGGAAGAGCCUUCUUCAGGGAGACAUGGUUGAAAUCUCCCAGCACCAGCGAUACUGCAUCAGGGUUCGAAUUCUCCACCCCAGUGAUGUUAUCAGCCAGUUGCUGCGUAGCCAAUGGAACGGAGGCUUUCGGGUGGAUGUAGACGACAGUCAAUACGGAAGAAAACUCUCGCGGCAGAUAGAAUGGCUUACACAUCACCGUGAGAUACUCUAACUCAGGAGUGCAUUUUGUUGACAAGAUCUUCGAGUCAGUACACCAGUUACUGUUGAUGUAGCAGCCAACACCGCCUCCGUUUUUUUUGAGCGAGUCUGAGUUGCGGUCUGCACGGUGGAAAGUAAAGCCGUGGCAUUGUAGCCUGGACUCCGGAAUGUUCUCUGUCAGCCAGGUCUCAGUUAGGCAUAUAGCGGCGGCGUCCCUGAAGUCUCUCUGUGAUCCAAGCAGCAGGGAAAGAUCAUCCUUUUUGUUGUCUAGGGAGCAAAGAUUGGUGAGGAUCAGGCUUGGUAUGUGGUGAGACGCCUCCAUCUUGUUUUAUUUUGGCUGGACUUCCUGUGUUUCCUUGUUUGUCUGGUCUGGCUUCACUCUUUUCCAGAGCUUCCUCCCCUCCCCCGGCGCUGAGGCUGAGUGAGACUACACACCUGCUCCACAUCUCCAAUCAAGGCACUUUAAGAAGCCUGCAGCCCUCAGCCUCAGGGCCUGAGUAUUGUCUACCCUUCCUAGCGGUACAGACGUGUCUCCUGGCCUUCCUCGUGGUAUAACCUUCAGAACUUUGCUCCCAGUGACUAUUUUCAUGUUCAUUAAAUCCCGUCUCCUCUGUUUUUUUUCCUGCAGUGUCUCCAGCCCACACGACAGCCAGCCAACCAGCCCUUCGGACUUCCUCUGUUUGCACUAUAUCCCCUUUUUUUGGACAUUAAAAGUCUCUUUAAGUUGAUCUCAGUCUCUGUGUCUGCAUCUGGGUCCUCACCACGAACCUGCCUCACAACAGAAUACUCAGGCCAGGAAAAUGGACCCAGCAGACCCAGACAGAGUUCAUCAAGCCUUCCAAGAGCUCGAACUUCGCCUCGAUCGGCGUGAGGACAUGCUCCAGGGCCUCAACCAAGCCUGUCAGGGCCUCACCGUUCAAAUAGCGCAACUGGCGGAUCAACUCCUCUCCCGGCUACCCCCGCAGCAAUCUGGCUCUCCCCCUCAGUGAGUACAGUCCCCUCUUCACCUCCUCCACCACCCUUUAUCCUCAAAGAGCCCUAUGUCCCUCCUCCUGAGCCAUAUGCUGGGGAGAGUGGGGGCUGCAGAGGUUUCCUGCUCCGCUGCGCACUAGUCUUUGACCAUAAGCCCCAGCUUCCCGUGUACCAACCCAAGCCUAGGCCCCAGCUUCCCGUGUACCAGCCCAAGCCUAGGCCCCAGCUUCCCGAGUACCAGCCCGAGCCUAGGCCCCAGCUUCCCGUGUACCAGCCCGAGCCUAGGCCCCAGCUUCCCGUGUACCAGCCCGAGCCUAGGCCCCAGCUUCCCGUGUACCAGCCCGAGCCUAGGCCCCAGCUUCCCGUGUACCAGCCCGAGCCUAGGCCCCAGCUUCCCGUGUACCAGCCCGAGCCUAGGCCCCAGCUUCCCGUGUACCAGCCCGAGCCUAGGCCCCAGCUUCCCGUGUACCAGCCCGAGCCUAGGCCCCAGCUUCCCGUGUACAAGCCCGAGCCUAGGCCCCAGCUUCCCGUGUACAAGCCCCAGGCUCCCAGUUUGCAGCCCAAGCAGCAGCCCCAGGCUCCCAGUUUUCAGGCCAAGCAGCAGCCCCAGGCUCCCAGUGUUCAGGCCAAGCAGCAGCCCCAGGCUCCCAGUGUUCAGGCCAAGCAGCAGCCCCAGGCUCCCAGUGUUCAGGCCAAGCAGCAGCCCCAGGCUCCCAGUGUUCAGGCCAAGCAGCAGCCCCAGGCUCCCAGUGUUCAGGCCAAGCAGCAGCCCCAGGCUCCCAGUGUUCAGGCCAAGCAGCAGCCCCAGGCUCCCAGUGUUCAGGCCAAGCAGCAGCCCCAGGCUCCCAGUGUUCAGGCCAAGCAGCAGCCCCAGGCUCCCAGUGUUCAGGCCAAGCAGCAGCCCCAGGCUCCCAGUGUUCAGGCCAAGCAGCAGCCCCAGGCUCCCAGUGUUCAGGCCAAGCAGCAGCCCCAGGCUCCCAGUGUUCAGGCCAAGCAGCAGCCCCAGGCUCCCAGUUUUCAGGCCAAACCGCAGCCCCAGCAGCCUGCGUACCGUCCCAAGCCCCAGCAGCCUGCAUACCAGCCAAAGCUCCAUCCUUGCGCCUACUACUUCCGAAAAUUCUCACCCACCAAACGAAAGCAGGACGUGGGAAACCGGGAGUUGCUGGCUGUUGUGUGGGCACUCCAAAGAUGGAGACACUGGCUGGGAGGAGAACAACAACCAUUCCUCAUUUGGACCAACAACAGAAACCUGCAAUACCUCCGCUCUGGUCGUCGCCUCAACUCCAGGCAAGCCCGCUGGUCCCUUUUCCUUCAUAGAUUCACCUUCCCCGUCUCCUGUCGUCCCGGCUCCCGCGACCUCAAACCAGACACCCUCUCUCGGACCCACUCCUUGGUUACCCCGGACCCCAUCCUCCCUGCCUCCUGUGUCGUCGGCUCCACCUCUUGGGAGAUCGACACCAUCUUCCCUGUCUCCUUGUUAAAGCCUGUUGCCUCGUGCACCCUGAGCCCUCCUUCCGUUGCCCCUCCACCCCCCCCGGUUGAUUGACGACCACCCUGCCCUCACCGUACGGAAAAUCCUGGAUGUGCGGCCUCAGGGGCGAGGCUUCCGGUGUCUUGCGUACUGGGAGGGGUGCGGUCCGGAGGAGCGUUCCUGGAUCUCCCGCUCCCUCAUCCUGGACCACCAACUCCUUGAGGAUUUCUACGUCGCUCACCCCAACAAGCCCAGCAGAACGCCAAGAGGCGUUCGUUAAGGGGGGGGUAUUGUGGUGAGACGCCUCCAUCUUGUUUUAUUUUGGCUGGACUUCCUGUGUUUCCUUGUUUGUCUGGUCUGGCUUCACUCUUUUCCAGAGCUUCCUCCCCUCCCCCGGCGCUGAGGCUGAGUGAGACUACACACCUGCUCCACAUCUCCAAUCAAGGCACUUUAAGAAGCCUGCAGCCCUCAGCCUCAGGGCCUGAGUAUUGUCUACCCUUCCUAGCGGUACAGACGUGUCUCCUGGCCUUCCUCGUGGUAUAACCUUCAGAACUUUGCUCCCAGUGACUAUUUUCAUGUUCAUUAAAUCCCGUCUCCUCUGUUUUUUUCCUGCAGUGUCUCCAGCCCACACGACAGCCAGCCAACCAGCCCUUCGGACUUCCUCUGUUUGCACUAUCUCCCCUUUUUUUGGACAUUAAAAGUCUCUUUAAGUUGAUCUCAGUCUCUGUGUCUGCAUCUGGGUCCUCACCACGAACCUGCCUCACAACAGAAUACUCAGGCCAGGAAAAUGGACCCAGCAGACCCAGACAGAGUUCAUCAAGCCUUCCAAGAGCUCGAACUUCGCCUCGAUCGGCGUGAGGACAUGCUCCAGGGCCUCAACCAAGCCUGUCAGGGCCUCACCGUUCAAAUAGGCGCAACUGGCGGAUCAACUCCUCUCCCGGCUACCCCCGCAGCAAUCUGGCUCUCCCCCUCAGUGAGUACAGUCCCCUCUUCACCUCCUCCACCACCCUUUAUCCUCAAAGAGCCCUAUGUCCCUCCUCCUGAGCCAUAUGCUGGGGAGAGUGGGGGCUGCAGAGGUUUCCUGCUCCGCUGCGCACUAGUCUUUGACCAUAAGCCCCAGCUUCCCGUGUACCAACCCAGCCUAGGCCCCAGCUUCCCGUGUACCAGCCCAAGCCUAGGCCCCAGCUUCCCGUGUACCAGCCCGAGCCUAGGCCCCAGCUUCCCGUGUACCAGCCCGAGCCUAGGCCCCAGCUUCCCGUGUACCAGCCCGAGCCUAGGCCCCAGCUUCCCGUGUACCAGCCCGAGCCUAGGCCCCAGCUUCCCGUGUACCAGCCCGAGCCUAGGCCCCAGCUUCCCGUGUACCAGCCCGAGCCUAGGCCCCAGCUUCCCGUGUACCAGCCCGAGCCUAGGCCCCAGCUUCCCGUGUACCAGCCCGAGCCUAGGCCCCAGCUUCCCGUGUACCAGCCCAAGCCUAGGCCCCAGCUUCCCGUGUACAAGCCCGAGCCUAGGCCCCAGCUUCCCGUGUACAAGCCCCAGGCUCCCAGUUUGCAGCCCAAGCAGCAGCCCCAGGCUCCCAGUUUUCAGGCCAAGCAGCAGCCCCAGGCUCCCAGUGUUCAGGCCAAGCAGCAGCCCCAGGCUCCCAGUGUUCAGGCCAAGCAGCAGCCCCAGGCUCCCAGUGUUCAGGCCAAGCAGCAGCCCCAGGCUCCCAGUGUUCAGGCCAAGCAGCAGCCCCAGGCUCCCAGUGUUCAGGCCAAGCAGCAGCCCCAGGCUCCCAGUGUUCAGGCCAAGCAGCAGCCCCAGGCUCCCAGUGUUCAGGCCAAGCAGCAGCCCCAGGCUCCCAGUGUUCAGGCCAAGCAGCAGCCCCAGGCUCCCAGUGUUCAGGCCAAGCAGCAGCCCCAGGCUCCCAGUGUUCAGGCCAAGCAGCAGCCCCAGGCUCCCAGUGUUCAGGCCAAGCAGCAGCCCCAGGCUCCCAGUGUUCAGGCCAAGCAGCAGCCCCAGGCUCCCAGUGUUCAGGCCAAGCAGCAGCCCCAGGCUCCCAGUUUUCAGGCCAAACCGCAGCCCCAGCAGCCUGCGUACCGUCCCAAGCCCCAGCAGCCCCAGCAGCCUGCGUACCGUCCCAAGCCCCAGCAGCCUGCAUACCAGCCAAAGCUCCAUCCUUGCGCCUACUACUUCCGAAAAUUCUCACCCACCAAACGAAAGCAGGACGUGGGAAACCGGGAGUUGCUGGCUGUUGUGUGGGCACUCCAAAGAUGGAGACACUGGCUGGGAGGAGAACAACAACCAUUCCUCAUUUGGACCAACAACAGAAACCUGCAAUACCUCCGCUCUGGUCGUCGCCUCAACUCCAGGCAAGCCCGCUGGUCCCUUUUCCUUCAUAGAUUCACCUUCCCCGUCUCCUGUCGUCCCGGCUCCCGCGACCUCAAACCAGACACCCUCUCUCGGACCCACUCCUUGGUUACCCCGGACCCCAUCCUCCCUGCCUCCUGUGUCGUCGGCUCCACCUCUUGGGAGAUCGACACCAUCUUCCCUGUCUCCUUGUUAAAGCCUGUUGCCUCGUGCACCCUGAGCCCUCCUUCCGUUGCCCCUCCACCCCCCGGUUGAUUGACGACCACCCUGCCCUCACCGUACGGAAAAUCCUGGAUGUGCGGCCUCAGGGGCGAGGCUUCCGGUGUCUUGCGUACUGGGAGGGGUGCGGUCCGGAGAGGAGCGUUCCUGGAUCUCCCGCUCCCUCAUCCUGGACCACCAACUCCUUGAGGAUUUCUACGUCGCUCACCCCAACAAGCCCAGCAGAACGCCAAGAGGCGUUCGUUAAGGGGGGUACUGUGGUGAGACGCCUCCAUCUUGUUUUAUUUUGGCUGGACUUCCUGUGUUUCCUUGUUUGUCUGGUCUGGCUUCACUCUUUUCCAGAGCUUCCUCCCCUCCCCCGGCGCUGAGGCUGAGUGAGACUACACACCUGCUCCACAUCUCCAAUCAAGGCACUUUAAGAAGCCUGCAGCCCUCAGCCUCAGGGCCUGAGUAUUGUCUACCCUUCCUAGCGGUACAGACGUGUCUCCUGGCCUUCCUCGUGGUAUAACCUUCAGAACUUUGCUCCCAGUGACUAUUUUCAUGUUCAUUAAAUCCCGUCUCCUCUGUUUUUUUCCUGCAGUGUCUCCAGCCCACACGACAGCCAGCCAACCAGCCCUUCGGACUUCCUCUGUUUGCACUAUCUCCCCUUUUUUGGACAUUAAAAGUCUCUUUAAGUUGAUCUCAGUCUCUGUGUCUGCAUCUGGGUCCUCACCACGAACCUGCCUCACAACAGAAUACUCAGGCCAGGAAAAUGGACCCAGCAGACCCAGACAGAGUUCAUCAAGCCUUCCAAGAGCUCGAACUUCGCCUCGAUCGGCGUGAGGACAUGCUCCAGGGCCUCAACCAAGCCUGUCAGGGCCUCACCGUUCAAAUAGCGCAACUGGCGGAUCAACUCCUCUCCCGGCUACCCCCGCAGCAAUCUGGCUCUCCCCCUCAGUGAGUACAGUCCCCUCUUCACCUCCUCCACCACCCUUUAUCCUCAAAGAGCCCUAUGUCCCUCCUCCUGAGCCAUAUGCUGGGGAGAGUGGGGGCUGCAGAGGUUUCCUGCUCCGCUGCGCACUAGUCUUUGACCAUAAGCCCCAGCUUCCCGUGUACCAACCCAAGCCUAGGCCCCAGCUUCCCGUGUACCAGCCCAAGCCUAGGCCCCAGCUUCCCGAGUACCAGCCCGAGCCUAGGCCCCAGCUUCCCGUGUACCAGCCCGAGCCUAGGCCCCAGCUUCCCGUGUACCAGCCCGAGCCUAGGCCCCAGCUUCCCGUGUACCAGCCCGAGCCUAGGCCCCAGCUUCCCGUGUACCAGCCCGAGCCUAGGCCCCAGCUUCCCGUGUACCAGCCCGAGCCUAGGCCCCAGCUUCCCGUGUACCAGCCCGAGCCUAGGCCCCAGCUUCCCGUGUACCAGCCCGAGCCUAGGCCCCAGCUUCCCGUGUACAAGCCCGAGCCUAGGCCCCAGCUUCCCGUGUACAAGCCCCAGGCUCCCAGUUUGCAGCCCAAGCAGCAGCCCCAGGCUCCCAGUUUUCAGGCCAAGCAGCAGCCCCAGGCUCCCAGUGUUCAGGCCAAGCAGCAGCCCCAGGCUCCCAGUGUUCAGGCCAAGCAGCAGCCCCAGGCUCCCAGUGUUCAGGCCAAGCAGCAGCCCCAGGCUCCCAGUGUUCAGGCCAAGCAGCAGCCCCAGGCUCCCAGUGUUCAGGCCAAGCAGCAGCCCCAGGCUCCCAGUGUUCAGGCCAAGCAGCAGCCCCAGGCUCCCAGUGUUCAGGCCAAGCAGCAGCCCCAGGCUCCCAGUGUUCAGGCCAAGCAGCAGCCCCAGGCUCCCAGUGUUCAGGCCAAGCAGCAGCCCCAGGCUCCCAGUGUUCAGGCCAAGCAGCAGCCCCAGGCUCCCAGUGUUCAGGCCAAGCAGCAGCCCCAGGCUCCCAGUGUUCAGGCCAAGCAGCAGCCCCAGGCUCCCAGUGUUCAGGCCAAGCAGCAGCCCCAGGCUCCCAGUGUUCAGGCCAAGCAGCAGCCCCAGGCUCCCAGUGUUCAGGCCAAGCAGCAGCCCCAGGCUCCCAGUGUUCAGGCCAAGCAGCAGCCCCAGGCUCCCAGUGUUCAGGCCAAGCAGCAGCCCCAGGCUCCCAGUUUUCAGGCCAAACCGCAGCCCCAGCAGCCUGCGUACCGUCCCAAGCCCCAGCAGCCUGCAUACCAGCCAAAGCUCCAUCCUUGCGCCUACUACUUCCGAAAAUUCUCACCCACCAAACGAAAGCAGGACGUGGGAAACCGGGAGUUGCUGGCUGUUGUGUGGGCACUCCAAAGAUGGAGACACUGGCUGGGAGGAGAACAACAACCAUUCCUCAUUUGGACCAACAACAGAAACCUGCAAUACCUCCGCUCUGGUCGUCGCCUCAACUCCAGGCAAGCCCGCUGGUCCCUUUUCCUUCAUAGAUUCACCUUCCCCGUCUCCUGUCGUCCCGGCUCCCGCGACCUCAAACCAGACACCCUCUCUCGGACCCACUCCUUGGUUACCCCGGACCCCAUCCUCCCUGCCUCCUGUGUCGUCGGCUCCACCUCUUGGGAGAUCGACACCAUCUUCCCUGUCUCCUUGUUAAAGCCUGUUGCCUCGUGCACCCUGAGCCCUCCUUCCGUUGCCCCUCCACCCCCCCGGUUGAUUGACGACCACCCUGCCCUCACCGUACGGAAAAUCCUGGAUGUGCGGCCUCAGGGGCGAGGCUUCCGGUGUCUUGCGUACUGGGAGGGGUGCGGUCCGGAGGAGCGUUCCUGGAUCUCCCGCUCCCUCAUCCUGGACCACCAACUCCUUGAGGAUUUCUACGUCGCUCACCCCAACAAGCCCAGCAGAACGCCAAGAGGCGUUCGUUAAGGGGGGGUACUGUGGUGAGACGCCUCCAUCUUGUUUUAUUUUGGCUGGACUUCCUGUGUUUCCUUGUUUGUCUGGUCUGGCUUCACUCUUUUCCAGAGCUUCCUCCCCUCCCCCGGCGCUGAGGCUGAGUGAGACUACACACCUGCUCCACAUCUCCAAUCAAGGCACUUUAAGAAGCCUGCAGCCCUCAGCCUCAGGGCCUGAGUAUUGUCUACCCUUCCUAGCGGUACAGACGUGUCUCCUGGCCUUCCUCGUGGUAUAACCUUCAGAACUUUGCUCCCAGUGACUAUUUUCAUGUUCAUUAAAUCCCGUCUCCUCUGUUUUUUUCCUGCAGUGUCUCCAGCCCACACGACAGCCAGCCAACCAGCCCUUCGGACUUCCUCUGUUUGCACUAUCUCCCCUUUUUUUGGACAUUAAAAGUCUCUUUAAGUUGAUCUCAGUCUCUGUGUCUGCAUCUGGGUCCUCACCACGAACCUGCCUCACAACAGAAUACUCAGGCCAGGAAAAUGGACCCAGCAGACCCAGACAGAGUUCAUCAAGCCUUCCAAGAGCUCGAACUUCGCCUCGAUCGGCGUGAGGACAUGCUCCAGGGCCUCAACCAAGCCUGUCAGGGCCUCACCGUUCAAAUAGCGCAACUGGCGGAUCAACUCCUCUCCCGGCUACCCCCGCAGCAAUCUGGCUCUCCCCCUCAGUGAGUACAGUCCCCUCUUCACCUCCUCCACCACCCUUUAUCCUCAAAGAGCCCUAUGUCCCUCCUCCUGAGCCAUAUGCUGGGGAGAGUGGGGGCUGCAGAGGUUUCCUGCUCCGCUGCGCACUAGUCUUUGACCAUAAGCCCCAGCUUCCCGUGUACCAACCCAAGCCUAGGCCCCAGCUUCCCGUGUACCAGCCCAAGCCUAGGCCCCAGCUUCCCGAGUACCAGCCCGAGCCUAGGCCCCAGCUUCCCGUGUACCAGCCCGAGCCUAGGCCCCAGCUUCCCGUGUACCAGCCCGAGCCUAGGCCCCAGCUUCCCGUGUACCAGCCCGAGCCUAGGCCCCAGCUUCCCGUGUACCAGCCCGAGCCUAGGCCCCAGCUUCCCGUGUACCAGCCCGAGCCUAGGCCCCAGCUUCCCGUGUACCAGCCCGAGCCUAGGCCCCAGCUUCCCGUGUACCAGCCCGAGCCUAGGCCCCAGCUUCCCGUGUACCAGCCCGAGCCUAGGCCCCAGCUUCCCGUGUACAAGCCCCAGGCUCCCAGUUUGCAGCCCAAGCAGCAGCCCCAGGCUCCCAGUUUUCAGGCCAAGCAGCAGCCCCAGGCUCCCAGUGUUCAGGCCAAGCAGCAGCCCCAGGCUCCCAGUGUUCAGGCCAAGCAGCAGCCCCAGGCUCCCAGUGUUCAGGCCAAGCAGCAGCCCCAGGCUCCCAGUGUUCAGGCCAAGCAGCAGCCCCAGGCUCCCAGUGUUCAGGCCAAGCAGCAGCCCCAGGCUCCCAGUGUUCAGGCCAAGCAGCAGCCCCAGGCUCCCAGUGUUCAGGCCAAGCAGCAGCCCCAGGCUCCCAGUGUUCAGGCCAAGCAGCAGCCCCAGGCUCCCAGUGUUCAGGCCAAGCAGCAGCCCCAGGCUCCCAGUGUUCAGGCCAAGCAGCAGCCCCAGGCUCCCAGUGUUCAGGCCAAGCAGCAGCCCCAGGCUCCCAGUGUUCAGGCCAAGCAGCAGCCCCAGGCUCCCAGUUUUCAGGCCAAACCGCAGCCCCAGCAGCCUGCGUACCGUCCCAAGCCCCAGCAGCCUGCAUACCAGCCAAAGCUCCAUCCUUGCGCCUACUACUUCCGAAAAUUCUCACCCACCAAACGAAAGCAGGACGUGGGAAACCGGGAGUUGCUGGCUGUUGUGUGGGCACUCCAAAGAUGGAGACACUGGCUGGGAGGAGAACAACAACCAUUCCUCAUUUGGACCAACAACAGAAACCUGCAAUACCUCCGCUCUGGUCGUCGCCUCAACUCCAGGCAAGCCCGCUGGUCCCUUUUCCUUCAUAGAUUCACCUUCCCCGUCUCCUGUCGUCCCGGCUCCCGCGACCUCAAACCAGACACCCUCUCUCGGACCCACUCCUUGGUUACCCCGGACCCCAUCCUCCCUGCCUCCUGUGUCGUCGGCUCCACCUCUUGGGAGAUCGACACCAUCUUCCCUGUCUCCUUGUUAAAGCCUGUUGCCUCGUGCACCCUGAGCCCUCCUUCCGUUGCCCCUCCACCCCCCCGGUUGAUUGACGACCACCCUGCCCUCACCGUACGGAAAAUCCUGGAUGUGCGGCCUCAGGGGCGAGGCUUCCGGUGUCUUGCGUACUGGGAGGGGUGCGGUCCGGAGGAGCGUUCCUGGAUCUCCCGCUCCCUCAUCCUGGACCACCAACUCCUUGAGGAUUUCUACGUCGCUCACCCCAACAAGCCCAGCAGAACGCCAAGAGGCGUUCGUUAAGGGGGGUACUGUGGUGAGACGCCUCCAUCUUGUUUUAUUUUGGCUGGACUUCCUGUGUUUCCUUGUUUGUCUGGUCUGGCUUCACUCUUUUCCAGAGCUUCCUCCCCUCCCCCGGCGCUGAGGCUGAGUGAGACUACACACCUGCUCCACAUCUCCAAUCAAGGCACUUUAAGAAGCCUGCAGCCCUCAGCCUCAGGGCCUGAGUAUUGUCUACCCUUCCUAGCGGUACAGACGUGUCUCCUGGCCUUCCUCGUGGUAUAACCUUCAGAACUUUGCUCCCAGUGACUAUUUUCAUGUUCAUUAACUCCCGUCUCCUCUGUUUUUUUCCUGCAGUGUCUCCAGCCCACACGACAGCCAGCCAACCAGCCCUUCGGACUUCCUCUGUUUGCACUAUCUCCCCUUUUUUUGGACAUUAAAAGUCUCUUUAAGUUGAUCUCAGUCUCUGUGUCUGCAUCUGGGUCCUCACCACGAACCUGCCUCACAACAUGGUAGAGCUGGCCGGUGGAUGCGACACUGGCCAGUAAUGUUUGACAUCAGACAUUACAAAUAGAUAUAAAUAAAAGAAAACAGAUAUGCUGUCACAGCCUGACCUGUUAGCCUCAGUUGAUGUUUCUGUGUUCUCUGGUGUGUCUGUCCUCCCAAAAUGAACAGUUACAAACUUCCCCUGAGUCACCUUUGCCUGAUUUGAAAGCAUAAAGCACCCAAGCAAGUUAGGUAUGUAUACCUCUCUGAUAAGCAGGAAUUGUAUGCAGUUCAAACAUGAAUUUAUGUAGGUUUUUGGUCAACUAAAGGGUUUAAAAUGUCCACAAACCACCGGACAUGCUUUUUGAAUAUUUCACAACACAAUCCUAUCUGGAUUUGGGUUCUAUGUUUGCAUUUUUUCUUUAUUUUUUUUAAGGUUUUCUGGAGUAUCUGAAAGUUUUCUCCAGACUAGUUUCUUUUUCUCUGAGGCAGGUGAGUCAAAAGUGAACACUUGUUUUUCUUUGUAUCAGAACAGAGCAGUCAGGUUAAAUUUCACAAACUGAUCCCUGCCAUCAGCUUGACCUCCUCCAGUCAAUCAAUACCUUAGCAAUAAUUGAGCUUUUGAAGUCACUCAGACUUAGUCAAACAGUUGAAGUUCAGUAUCACUGAACCUACACAUCCUUUCUGUCCUGUCCCGGUGACCCAGAUAUUCUUUUUAUGAGGAUUACAUUUCCAGUUUUUGGUUUUUAUAAUCAUCUUUUGGUGUUCACUCCUUUUUAUUUACUCUCAUGUCUUUUUUUAUUAUUAUUUCUGUAGCACCUUUAAAAACAAAAGUUUAUCUUAGCCUGCUUCAACAUGACCUGAAAACAACCAUCCUGAGUGCCAAGAUGAUUUUUACUCUCAUAAUCUUUUAUUAUUGAUUGAUGGACAUCGAAAGUCACAGAAACUUCACUAAUUUGUUCACAACUAAGCCUUUUUCCAAAAUUUGUGUGACUUCCAUUCAGCCAAACUUCAAACUGUGAAAGCCUCAAGCAACAGUUUUUUUUACUGUUCUCUGAGAUCUUAAGUCUGUUUUUUUCUUCAAAGCCCUGAAGUUUCACACUUCAGCCUCACUUCCCUGACUUGUUCACUUGUUUCUCAGCUCUUGGGAGAGAGUAAAUGAGGGAAUGUGUUAUAGAAGACGAGAUCUAAAAUUUCAGGGAAAAUACAUGAUAGGCAACACUUUCAAAUUUUUACAUACUGAUGAUCUGUGGAGAAAUGUACACCACAGCAGCCUGAAUGUAGCCAAAAUAUCGAUCAACAGACAAACUCUUCUUUCUGACUACUGACUGAAAGGAGUAGUCAGAAAGAAGAGGAGAAUUAACUAAAGGAGAAUUACCUGAAAAUUUUUCUGAUCAUGAAUAUUAUUGUUUAACCAAUCUUUGAAAUUAGACUCUGACUAUUUUCUCAUGCAGUGAAUUUGAAAAUAUAAAUACAUUUGUAAAGGUUAGGAGGUUUCCUCUGUUAUUUUUUUUAUUUUUUAUUUUUUGCUUGUUUUUUAAUUUGAUGACAGUUAUGCUCAGUAUUAGGUGUUUAAUACUUCCGUCAGACACUCUGAAUUUUAGCUCAUCAUGACGAAAAUUGAUGACUGUUUCAGGGCUCUCUUAAGAACUGUCUUAAGAACUGUCUUAAGGUCUGUCUCAAAGCUGUCCUCUUUGUUUAACUCUGGUAAUGUCAACUCUUGAGUGAUAUUCAAUACACGGGUAUGUCUGUGUGUCUGUAUGCGAAAAUACCUCUGUGAAAGCUGCUCUCUUAUAUCCUCUACUUUUUCUCCUCUCUCCUUCCCCCUCUCUUCUCAUGUCUCUUUUCUCCUCUUUCUUCUGUUUUCUCUUCUCUCCUCUCUCUUUUCUUUUCUUUUCUCUUCCCUCUCUCUGCUCUCCUCUCUCUUCUCUUCUCUCCUCUUUCUUCUGUUCUCUCUUCUCUCCCCUUUCUUCUUUCCUCUUCCCUCUCUUCUCUCCUCACCCUUCUCCGUCCUCCUCUUUAUUCUGUUUUCUCUUCUCUCCUCUCCACAUCUCUCCCCUCUCUUCUUUCUUUUUCCUUCUCUUCUCUCCUUUCGCUUCUCUUUCCUCCUCUUGAUUCUGUUUUUUCUUCUCUCAUUUGAGCCACAAGAGCUUUGGAAAGCCACUUUGAGAAGACAGAGAAGACAGUGGAGUGGAGAAUGUUGAGAUUCAGUGUUGGUCUAAAAAGUGAUUCUGCUCUUUAAGGGUGAACAUUGGUGUGAUUGAUCACGAUUUUACUGACAGCAGUAAAAGAUAACAAGUUUUUGUAAAGCUAUCCUGAGGUAACUGGACUGACAGAAUGCAAAUUUGUAUAGCUGGUCUCUUUGGGUGAUAUUCAAAAACUACAUUUCCACACAGUACACAGAGAAUGUAGAAUAGAGCAGCUGAUUCUGUCUGAACCAACCUGCAGCAUCCUUAGGUCCUCUUCAGGUAGGAAUCUCUAGGUAGUUCCAAAGUCAAAACUUUGCCAGCAGAGCUCUUCACUUUGGAACAACCUGUCUGAAGAGAGAAGGCUCACUGCAUCAGAGCUGUGUUUGAAAUUCCUUCUUUAAACUUACGCUGUCAUCUUAGUGCUUUGUAUUUGUUGCUUUUAUUGUCUUGUUGUUAUUUUCCUAUUUACCCUAUACGAAAUCUGUUUAUUCAUUUGAAAUCCUUCUUUAUUUCAAUAUUUUGAACUAAAGCUAACACUGCACUGGCAUCCUCCAGUUCAACUUCAUAUCCACUCAGGCGCUACAUGACCGAACCAAAUAACACAUUGAAAAGCACACAAAGCGAAAUCAAACAAUAACUUUUCCACUUCCUUCUUUGCUCAUCUUCUCGCCGUCGUCUUCUGUGACUAAAGAUCGUAAACACCGGUGCAUCAUCAUUAUUGGUCCUCAGCAGCUCUCUUCCGUCGUCGUUUUGUUUGUUUGUUUUGCAUCCUUUUAUUUUGCAGUAAGUAACUCUUUUUUUCCCAUCGCCACUUUUUUUUAUGUCGUUAACUUGUGUUGUGGCUCUUUUUGAAUCUGCACCAUUUCUUUUUUGAUUUGCCGCGGGCGUCGGUUUGUUUUUUUUGUUUUUUUUGCAUCAGUAACUUCCGUUGUGACUCUUUUUUUUUGCAUUCUUUUUUUAUUUGCAGCAGUGGCGGUUCUCGGCCACCAAAAGUUUAGCAUAUAUUUAUUCUGUUUAAAAAUGCCUUAAUGUUAUCAUCAAAAACUACAGUCUAUGGUUAUGAUUCUUUUGUCCAUGUUUAAGGUCUAUCUCUUUUUAUUGCUUUAUCUCAUCCAUCAUCAUGUUUUUUUACUCCAUUUGAUUAUUUUUUCUUUUUAUUGAUAUCUUUUUUUUUAUCUCUGUACCUCCCUGUUCCAUUAUUAUUAUUAUUAAAUACCCUGAAAUAAGACAAUUUAUGUCAAAAUCAGUUAUUAACAAGAAAAGCCCGCGCACUCUGUCUCUCUCUGCCCCCCGUCUUUUCUCUCUCAGCCCCCCCGUCUUUUCUCUCUCACUCUCUCUCUUUCUCACUCGUGCGUCCUGCUGAUCUGACUGUCACGGAGAAAUCUGUCAAGACUGAGCGAUCGGGCCUACUGCAUGCAUGAGCUAAAGUUAUCGACGUUAUACAUGUAACAUUUCCUUUAAUACACGUUUAAGGCGAUAAAAUGACCCGAGAGACGUUCGGAAACCUCAUCCUGCGACGGUGAGGGAGUGUGCAGUUAAACACCAGGUCGUGCGUAACGCGAACUCUCGGAGAGCAGGUGGAUGUAGAGCUGGAGGGAUGCAGCCUUCCAGCAGGUUAGUACCUUGUUCGCACGCCUGGACUCUGUGCCAUACUGGAUGAUAUGCUGCCGGGUUUGAAAUUAUAUGAGGAUGCAGUUCACCGUUUGAAUGUAAGUGACACUUUAAAGAAGAAUUGAUAAAAUGGUUCUUUUUUAUUCUUUGUUGCCCAUGCUCAUGUCACGUGUACAAGACCACAGACAUCUAUGUCUUGUCCUUCGCACUGUGAUGCAAAUCCUAUCAUAAAUAAAUGUUUUUUUAAAUUAUUAUUAGAAAAUGUUCUUCACUGACAAUAGCUCUACAACCUGAGCGUUAUUAGACUAGAGUUAUUACUAUGUGACUGAAUCAGAAAGUUUAUGGUUUGAGUGUUGAGCUUAACAGCUUUUCUGGUAUCAGUGCUGAGCUGAAAUCUAGCCUGUGACUCGCAUCCCUCUCUUCUUAAUUUCUUAGAGUCCCUCAGUUUAUUUUAUUUUUAUGAUUUAAUCUUCUAAUUUUAUACAGUUGCUUAUUUCACCUCACAUUUUGUUGAUUUUUAGUGCAAGAGCAUCUCAAAUCAGGCCAUUACAGGAUGUGCUCGUUGUGUAGAUUUGCUUUUCUGUAGCUCAACCUUUGCUCUUUGCACACGCGCGCACGCUCUCACACACACACACACACACACACACACACACACACACACACACACACACACACACACACACACACAGUGAGAGGCAAAGUCUGUGUAGCUGAGCUUUUACCUGUUUGCAAAGGCCAGUGAAGUUCAUUAUCCAGAUUUGUCAACAGAAAUCCUCAAAACUGUCCUGAGAUCAGACCCCAGUUUCUGUUAGAUUGAUGUUCUAUUUAGUAGACUGGUGAUCUGCUGCUGUGCACUGACAACAGGGGAAAUAUCAGGGAAACAUGAAUGAUAUAAUUUGCAGAUAUUUUGCUCUUAAUAAGAUGCCUUCAUGUUGUAAAUCAAUAGUUAUGUUGAGAAAAGUUGAUUUUCUAAUUGUGCAGAUGAAUGUAUCCUCUGAGUGAAACACAAACACAGCAGACAUAUGAUAAAACUGUAUAGCCUCUAAACCAAAGGCAUAGGUGACCAAACCAGUAUAAUGAUGGCAUAGUGAUUGCCCAGACAGAUGGUAAACAGUGGCCUAAUUGAUACUAAUCAGCUGUGGUUCCUGAGAAAUGAAAGUCAGUUCUUCCUGUUGAGCUGGCUCCAGGUAAAGAUGGAGCGAUCCUGCCACAGUGCACCACAAGCUGUUUGUCACCAAGAUCAAUUGAAUAAACAUUAGCUGUCAGUGGUGCAGUGCCCUCAUUGUUCCCCCGCUCAGGUGUAUUUUUUGCAUGUAUGCAGGCAAACACACACGCGCGCACACACACACACACACACACACACACACACACACACACACACACACACACACACACACAAACACACACACACACAAACAGAGCUGUACACAUGUAUGCAGAGUCCUGACCCAUACUACAGAGGUCAGGGCAGCAAUCAGAGGAUUCAAAGUUUAACCCGGAUCUGAGGUCCUGCUGAACUUUAGACUGUAAACACAAAGAAAUAACUAAAAAGAUGGUUCCAGUUCCCAGUUUCUGAGUUCUGUCUCUGCUGGGGUCUGAACCAUGAAGACGAUGGUAACAUGUUUUUGCAAAGCUCUCAAAGAGUUCAGUGAAAUCACUUAAUACUUGAAGUGAGAUUGUUUGAGUUGCAUGUCACUUCAAGUGUUUUUGACACAGUGGAUGCCAGUCAGCUUGGGUGUGCUCGUGUUUUCUGCAGACAGGGCCAACUCUCCGACAUCUCAGUUAAAGUUUAGACUUUUUUUUCAGCCAUCAGAAAGUCCAUUUGCUUGGUUCUGUUUGCAACACCCUACGAAUGCAGCAGAAUCAGCAAAUCAAAUCUACAAUGUUUAAGUCACUGAUAUGAUGGGAAUUCAGAUUUUUUUUUAAAGAUGUUCAUCACCAAAGGUCUCAGCUCAGCCUCUGGACUCAGUGAUGUGUGUAGAGUUUGUUAUUCCAGUUUCAACAGCUAACUCAGUGUAUCCUGAUCAGGUAAACAGAUCAUGUGGUCCAUGGGCUUUGUCAUUAUGCUGUAAAAACACUGAGAGCUGAACUCUGACUCUGAAGACCCUCUUGUACCAAGUCUCCAUCUUGACAGACAGGAGUUUUCUCUGUUUGUGGACAUUAGCUCACAGCUUACACACCUGAACCACCAGGUAACCUGGGAUCUCCCCUGCUCUCCAGUGUGCUCAGAAGUGUUAAGCCUUCCUCCUUCUGUGCAUUGUGUCACCUUUUUCCUCUGUAAAGUCUGGACUAGAAAAAAAACGUACAUGCCUGUCUAUCAGCAUGUCUGAAUCACUCCUCUUUAAUUUGGUGAUAUGUUUGUCUCUUCUAAGCCUGCAGACCCAGACAGCUGAUCAGUACACUGUUCACUGAAAAGUACAUCUGUCCGUCUUGCAAAAACAGAUGGGCUUUUUGAUGGAAAAUUGCUGGAGUCUCGAUAUUAGCUCAUUUUACUGGUAGUCGACCCCGUCUGCAGGAAACUGUCACCUUGGAGUCAGUUCUACCUGCAGGGCAGAGCUCCACUGCUCCACAUCCACUGUGGCUAAAACACUUACCACUGACAUGUUACUCAUACAGCCCCACUUCUAUUUCAAAAACACUGAAACAUGCCUUAAGUUCUUUAGAUAUUCAAAGUGUCAAAGCCUACAUUUGUUGUCAUGGAUCUUCAAGCUCUGAUAUGUUUCAUCAAAGUACAUACUCUCAUUUUGUUCAGCCAUCAACACUGUCCCCUCCCUGUCCUCUCCUCUCUUUACAGAUAAAACCUGCUCUUGGUCCUGUACUAUCGUCACCCUCUGAGCCAUUUGAUACCCUAAACCCACCAAAGUUAUCACAGCCAUGGAUCAGUGGUCUAACAUUCUUAGACCCACCAACGUCUCCAUCCCCGAGCCUCUCCUGUAUGACAGUGUUGAGUCUGACCUGAGCCUGAACAUAAAUGGGACCAAGAUGCCUCCCCAGGACAAGACCAGCUCAGUGGUCAUCACCCUUAUCUACUUUGCUGUGUGUGCAGUGGGGCUUUGUGGUAACACUUUAGUGAUAUAUGUUAUUCUGCGUUACGCCAAAAUGAAGACAGUGACGAACAUCUACAUCCUGAACCUGGCAGUGGCAGAUGUUCUGUGCAUGAUGAGCCUGCCAUUCAUCGCCCUGCAGCUGGCUCUGGUGCACUGGCCUUUUGGAGAGGUGCUGUGCAGGGUGAUCAUGGGUGUAGGUGGGUAUAGAUCUGAAGGAUGAAGGUAAACUUCAAAAUCCAGCAGCAGCAGUUUUAGCGGGGUUGUUUGUAAUGUAAAGAAAUAAUACUUUAACAUGGUGUGAGCAAAUGAAGCUUCCUAACAUCUUGGUGCAUUUAGUUCAAAAUACAAUGCAAAUAAAGAAUAAUGUUAUGCUGGAUUUAAUUUCCUUUAUAUCAUUAUGAAGAUAAUACAAUGAAAUUUCACACUGAAAUAUUUCUCCAGCCUCUUUACCGCCCUUUACAUAAAGUAUUCAGUACACUAGCUUCUCGACAUGCAUCUCUGAAAUGACAUUUUGUGCUGAUGACAUUAUUUGGAGCUGCAGUCUGCACAGAAGAGAUCAGCUGGAAGCAGUUUUGACAUUUCACCCUCAUGAAUUUUAAACAUAGCCUGACUAUCUGCCCACUUUUUAAAAUCAAAUGUUAGAAAGAAACAGACACAAAUUAUGGACGAAUAAUAGCAAUUUACACAGGCAUGUCUAAUUGAAACUACUUUUGAUGGGAAAUGUUCAUAUUGUAGAACUAUAGAUCCCAAGUUUAAAGGUCUUGCAAGCUUUUAAUUCUAAGCAGUGGUGAAUCCAGAUAUUUUAGACUUGGGUGUCCAAACAGGAGCACAAAAAUGGUUAACAGCUCUUCCCAAACCAAGAAGGUCAUCUCCAAAGAUGCCAUCUUUAACUACUAAAAAAUGACCUCCUCUCUCCUCCUGCUCCUCUCCCUGCUCCUCUCCCUGCUCUCCUCCUCCUCCUCCUGCUCCUCUCUCCUCCUCCUGCUCUCCUCUUCCUCCUCCCUCAGCUUUCUCCUCCCCCUGCUCCUCUCUGCUCUCUCCUCCUCCUGCUCCUUUCUGCUCUCUUCUCCUCCUGAUCCUCUAACUGUUCUCCUCUCUCCCCCCCUGCCUCUUACUGUUCCUCCUCCUACUCUCCUCCUAGUUUAACAUAGACUUUUAGAUUUCUAUUAAAAUAGAAACGUGAUAAAGCUUCCAGCACUGAAUCAAACUGCUUAAAUGAAUCCAAAAAAAGUGACCAUUAAUGGAUUUGAACUUCUGAAGGAGCACCCACUUUACCUCUUGUGAAUGUUUCCACUAUGUUAUGCUGCCAGUUUAAUUGUAACUGCACAGAUGCAUGAUGAGUGCUGAUCCUCAGGUUGAAUACAGAUAUUUUGAGGGUUUUUUUGUCAUAAUUUGUUUUAUGUUUUUUAAGAAAAAAAGGAUCACUGCUAGUUUUUGUUGCUGUCAUGAAUCACAUAUCCUCACAGCAGCUUUCUCUCCAUCCCUCCCAGACUCUCUCAACCAGUUCACCAGCAUCUUCUGUCUGAUGGUGAUGAGCAUUGAUCGGUACUUGGCUGUGGUUCACCCCAUCAAAUCCACUAAAUGGAGGAAGCCUCGCAUAGCCAAGCUGAUUAACCUGACAGUGUGGGGGGUGUCUCUGUUAGUCAUCCUCCCUACAAUGAUCUUCAGUGGCCUCAACAAAGGAUCAUGUGGGAUUGUGUGGCCUGAGCCCCAGGACGUCUAUCAAAAAGCCUUCAUUUUCUGCACCUUCUUGGUGGGGUUCUUCCUCCCUCUGACAGUCAUCUGCAUGUGCUACCUUCUGAUUGUAGUCAAGGUGAGAGCUGGCCUCACUGUGCCUGAUGUAGCUCAAUAAGUGGUCUCUGUUGUCCUUUACUUUUCCCACAUACAUGACCAAAGAACUGAACUAACAUCCAACUGUCGAUGAGAUCUUGGCAUCAGAGGGAUUUUUGGUUCAUUUGUCAAUGAAGCAUAAGUAUUAAGGCAAUUAAUGCCAGCUCUGGCUGUUGGCACCGACACACUAGAACCAGCCAAGACGCAGAGACACUUACACUUUCUUCGGCAACUUCUCUAAUAAUCCUGAAUUUAAGACUUGGGGGAUAUGCCCAACAUGCAACUGAGAGUGUGGAAAAGAUGGUGUCCAUGUCCAUUAAAAUCAUAGACUGUAUAUAGAAUGGACGCUGUCUGCCUCCUCACUGGGUAAAGUCACCUCGAGAGAACAGCACCAUCUGGUGAUGGGUUAUAAAUCAUAUAGGUCAUAAAUCCUGCCUCCUUCAGUAAUCCCUAUGGAGCUGUUGACAAACUUUAGAAAUUAAUUACACAGAAUAUAAUUUUUUUCCCCUGCUUGUGAUGUUGACAUGUAGUUACUGUAAGACUGGUUUUGUGCACAAGUCCUAUUAUUUUCUGUGCAGCUCUGUUUUUAAAAGUUAUUAGGGGGUUCAUGUUUUCUAUGAUUAACACUUGAUACAGCCUAUGGGCGUACGAAGAUUGCGUAGCUGACCUGGGGGAUAUGCUGUUUUAGCAGAGCGUCAUCACCCAAAUAUGAGCAUGUUCAUGAAGGGGUCAUCAAGUACAACACUGACCGAGUUUUCAUAAAUCUUCAACAAAUUUAGUCUUGAGGUUACCACAUAAAAAACAAACCUGUUUGAGAUAACAACUCUAUUUCAAACAGAGUAAGAGUGCUUUCAGAAUUGAGAAUGGAAACAGCUUUGAAUGAUUGCAAAAACAUUGAGUCCCCAGUUUGAAUUUGCAAUCCAGCGAGUCUUUAAAUUCUGACUUUGAACAAAUGUCUUCUUUUUUAAUUCAUUAAGAUUUCAACUGGGGAAAUUUGGCUCAUAUAUUUGCUGCUGUGUUAUGUUACUUUUAAACUAAUAUAAGUAUGUAAUAUGGUUCAUGACAUGAUAUGAAAUAAAGGAGGUCAUGUUUUUUCAGCCUCUGGAACUCCCCGUUUUUUGACUAUACAGGUUUGGUUACAUUUGAGGUUACAUUUGGUUAUUUCUUGACACCUUAAAGACUUGACUUGGACUUUCACAAAGUGACUCAUGCCCAUAUUUCAUUUAUGAAAGGAAACUGCGUCAUGUGUUUCUACUUGGAUUUAAAUUUCCUAAUGAAUAAAUUGUGAAUAGCGUACUUCUGCAUCUCCAUUCUGCUUAAAGUAAAAAUGUAGUUUAUGUUAUCAUGGAUGUCUCGGAAGGAGCUAGCUUGUGGCAUUUAUGUGAAUUCAGAGAACUUUGUGUAACUCCAUGUUUAAAACAGAUUUGAUACUAGAUUAUGGAUUCGAUCUAAAUGUGAAAAUGCAUGUUCACGUGUCUAUCUAUGCUGAUGACUGUCGUAUUUGUUUGACAGGUGAAGUCAUCCAGUCUGCGAGUUGGCUCCACCAAACGAAAGCGCUCUGAGCGUAAGGUUACAAGGAUGGUUUCCAUCGUGGUGGUGGUGUUUGUCCUCUGCUGGCUGCCUUUCUAUAUCUUCAACGUCACCUCCGUCACCAGCUCCAUUAAACCCACCUCUGCUGUGAAGAGCACCUUCGAUUUUGUUGUGGUGCUUGGCUACGCUAACAGCUGUGCCAACCCGAUCCUGUAUGCCUUCCUGUCAGAUAACUUCAAGAAGAGCUUUCAGAACGUCCUGUCUCUGAAAAAGGUGGCAGGUCUGGACGAGAUGGAGCGAAGCGACAGCAGGGCAGAUAGAAGCAGGAUGGUGAAUGAUGCAGCCAUCAUCAAUGUCAACUUGGAGACUCACAAUGCUGCCUUACUCAAUGGGGAGCUCCAGACCAGCAUCUGACUGUAGGGGGUCAAACCAGAGAGGACAUUGCGCUGACAGCUUUCAGACUAAUAUGGCUGCCUUACAUUGUGAGAGACCCCUGGAGCAUGAUGUAAAAACUGCUGCUUAUAGACACAUGAACAAAGUGUCAGUGAAAGAAAAAAAACAAUUUCUAAAGUGUUUUCAAAUGGCUGUGAAAACAGAUUUAAGUUAUUGAUAAAUACAAAAACAUAAAACAAACAUUUUUUUUAAGAAAUGCCAACAAUGCAGAGCCCAAUGAUGUUGAAAUCAAACAAAUACCUGAAAAUAAACAUACUUUCUAACUCUAGGUGUCAAAACAAAGGGAGGUUUGCCUGGUCAACAUGGCAAAGCUCUCCAAAAGGUUAAUCCAAUUUCUCCUGAAAGACAAAGGACACUCUUUUCUUUCUUCAACAUGUUUCACUGCAGAGGGAACUGAUCUGAAUUUGAAACUCUUUAGAGGAGACCUAUUACACUCAUAUUCACCUUUCAUUCUGUCAGGCUGGGACACCUACAGAGUAGGUUAACUUAAAGCAAGAGCCAAGUAUUUCAUUCUACCCUCAUAGUUUUAUAUGUAUAUAUAUAUAUAUGUGUGUGUGUGUGUGUGUGUGUGUUUGUAGACAUCUAGCAAGAAAUCUGCUGCUUGUUCCAACCCUUCAAAAGUCAAAGCAGCCAACAUGUAUAAUCUGUCAUAUGCACAUAACUAAUGCAUCACUACCUGCAGGAGUUUUCAUACAUGCUGAUACUGAUGAUUUACGUCAUAGGAUUUAUCUGCUGUUACUGACACAAUGCUGAUAAAAAUGUGGAUCUCUAACUCACAGAUAUUUUCUGUUAGCUGCUGUUAAAAAGUUAACUGUGAGAGCUUGUGUCUCUGAGCUUCAACAAGGUCUUUCUGGAUGAACAGCUUCAGGUUUUCAAUUCAGCUGAGACUCAAAUCCAGCCUGUACUGGUCUUUUGUUUACAAAGGGAUUAUCAGGGAAGUGGUGAACACAAACUGCUACAUUGUGGCUGUUGUUGUCCUGAAAACAUCCAAACCCUCCAUUGUUUUCUGGAGCCAUAAUUUUUUGGGAGAGAAAAUAGCUUCACAAAAAAAAAAAAGAACUUCGAGAUAUUGUCUGAGACAGACUGGAUCAACAAAAACCUAUUAUAGAAAGUCAUGUACACUUUCAUGAUAUAUCAGGCUGUAUACAAAGUCCUAUAUGCUGGGAACACUGGCAUGCCCUGCAGCAAAAAGAGCCAUGUAGAGGUGUAAGACUGUUUUGUGGGAGAUUUCAUUGACAGUCACUUGAUUUGAUGUCCAUUCAAUGACUUUUUUUUGUUUUUGCAGCUAUAUGGAGUUUUUUUUAUAAUAAGGUUGUACAGCCUUAAGAUUUCAGCAGUUUUCAAGGGGAAACAAUAAUUGGGGGUGGGGGGUGGGGGGGGGUUGGGAGUGGGGGUCUUAAAUCUUCAGCUUUUUUCCUAAUGAAACGCCAUAACCUGACGUCAGGUUGUGGUCAUAUCUAAAAAUAAGUUGUUCAGUGAACCUGGAAAAGCCGUCAGGAAUUGUGAUGCUGUCCAUGUAUCUGAUGUUAUGAAACUAAGCCUCAGUUCAUCAAGGACAUUAAAUGUAUGUGUAACAGUGCAGACAAGCAUAAUAGGUCUUCUUUAAUAAUCUCCAGAUUAUUAUGUUGGUUCCUGUGCUCUGGUUCAUGACUGGCAUAGUUGAUCUUCUGUUAGUCUCUGAGGUGAAGCUCUGUUCAGAACUCCAAACACUGACGAAGAUGCAGUUUUUUUAGAUGAUGUUUAAUGUUUCAUGAAGAUGCUGUAGUAUUACAUUGAUUCUUUUAAAGAUUGUCAUGCGUUAAAGUCAACGCUGAAAUGACCUUUGGGAAAUUUGUGAUAUAAACUAUUUAUGUAGCUACUAUAACUGUCAUUGUACAGAGCCCUUUUGUUACUUGUCAAAUGAUGUGCUUUAAAGAUGUUGUAUUUCUUGCCAAGUCUUUUUUGAACAUAUAAAUCACACUCAGCUUCAUGCUUGUCUUUAGUAGCUAAAGAAAAUAUGCGAACACAGUUGGCUGUCACUCGUUGUUUAAGAUAGGAGAAAAGUUUGUAUUUCAUCUUCAGUGAUCUGCUUAGAUAGGAACUACACCGUUUAUCAGCACAUCUGGCUGUCUGAAGGAGCUUGUGGUUUGAUCCAGCAGAAGUCUCUCUUAUCCUAACCUGACCACUGGUUGGUGCAGCUGUCUGACUCUUCAAUGAUAAGUAACCUGUGGGCUCAGCUGAGUGUGUGAAUGUCAUUUCAAAAGGAGAGCUGUACUCAGUCUGGAUUGAUUAAAAAACUUGUACAAUUCUGGCAAUAAUAUUAAACAUUGAGUUGUUGGACUGUUGGGAUUGUCAACAGGUUUAAAGCUAAAUUUGUUCUGGCUUAAACCAACUCUCCCGUUAUCCCAUAAUUUACCCAUUUCUUUACAAUGAACCAUUUUAAUUUAGUCUCAUUGGGCUAGUAAAAAUAUGAUGUUGAACUACUGUUAAUAAAACUAUAAAAUGACCUGAUUAAA